UGUACUCACAUAGAAGAUUAAACAAAUUUUUGAAAGAUAAAAUUUUUAAAUACUUUUUGCGUAUUACAAUGGCGGUUACAAAAUUUCAAGUUCCUAAGGACUGUUUUCCGCGACUGUCUUUCGCUUCAAGAAACAUUCCAGGGAUAGAAGCAAGAUUCAAUAGAAUGAUGAAACAGGCUGGAAUGACUGGUGAAAAAGACCGCCAUUGCAGUAAAACUGAUACAGUUAUCAUUUCUAUAUACAGAAAAAUGGACGAAAAUGACACAUUCACAACUGAGAAAAUUGUGAAACGAAAUUCAAGCAAAAUUGUUGAAUUGAUAGACGAGUUUCAUCAAAAGAACAAAGAAUGUUUGAAAAUUGCUAUACUUACUACUAUGGAAAAAGAAGAUAUCUUAAAAUUAGUAUUAAAUACUAGUAAACGUUUUGAAAUUUAUGUCGCGCGUUCACAAAAGCAUGCACAGGAAGUCAAAAAUGUUCUUAAUUCAGAGGAGGUCUCUGUAGUUACUACAGCAGAAUCACUCGCCAGUGCAAUUGAUGAUUAUUUGGAACAUGAAGUGUACAGACCGUUGAUGGAAUACUACAAGAUUUUACAGGAUUUGUUGCACUGUAGUCUUGAUGAAAACGUGGAAGAUAAGCAGAUGAUUUCCAAGUUUGAAACACCAAAAGCGAUACCAAGAGGAACGAUUGAACAACUGCUAGAAGAGAUUAUGGCGUUGUUAAAUUCAAGUCAUAUACCACUGGAUCAAAAACCUAAACAAAAGAGCGUCACUGGACCUAUUUCAGAAAAGGUAAGAAAGGCACUAUUUGAAACUUGUCCAACGAUAAAGGCCGUAGGCUUCCGUUUCCAAAAGGUACACGUUUAUCUUGAAGAAAUAAAAGAUAAGAAUGAAACAAUACAACGCGAAAAAAACAUUGAAACAUUUAUGGGAACGCACAAUAUUACAAAUUAUCGUACAUCAAUCGUUUAUCCGGAAAUGAAGGAGCUAAUGUCUGCUGGCUCAGAAAUCAUAGCCCGAAACAAAAAUAAAAACUUCAACAAGUCAGGUUCUCUUGGAUGUAUAGCAGAAAUGGAAGCAAAGGGUUCGAGGACAGACGGCAUACUUGUUUCAAAGCAUGUUGUGUCGCACUGUUCUGACGUUUUUCUUGUCGAAAACGGGUCAGAAAGAAGGAUUGCAAGUGUCAUUGAAAGUACAACCACACAAGAACAUGGAUCGCUUGAUAUAGCAGCUGCUGAGUGUGUUGUGAACAUUGAUAAUGACGACAAAAAAUUAAAAGAUUCCGUUGGUAAUCUACGGCGCGGAAAACUUAUUGAAAACAUUGAGGCUAAACAUGCAACAAUGUCCGGAAUAAAAGUUCAUGUCUGGGGAUCGAAAUCCCAACCCGGAAAGGGAAUUGUUACAGAUACCAAUUACACCAUUGAGGGAAUGAAUGCCUGCCUUGUUCAAAUACAAAAUGAGGAAAGUUAUCCAGGUGCUGAGGUAAAACCUUUUGUAGUAGAAGGAGAUAGUGGGGGAAUCAUUUGUUCUGAUGAUCCCGACGAUGAACAUGUAAAUGCACACGCAAUGCUUAUUGGUGCGGAUUCAGAUACUACAUACAUAGCUCUUCCGUUGGAUAAAGGAAUCAAACAACUUGAAGAACAGACAGGGAACAACUUCACCCUCUUUAAUUAAAGAAGAAAACCCUUCAAACUAAAUAUGCGAAAUUAAGUUUGUCUUCAAGUAACCAAGACUUCAAUAAUUUGCGAAUGAAAUGAAAUCAAACAUGACAAUACAUGAACAGCUGGCGCUCGCGAUGCAAUCUUGAUCGACACAUAUUGCGGUUAAUGGAUUGUUGUUAGUUCACGAAUGGGGGAUUACUGUGAUUUCAAGGCAUGUAAUGAACAACAUUUCUCUAGAGGUCCGACCUAAACAGCAUGAACUAAUGGGCUACAUUCAAGUGUUCACUCUGCGUUGCGAUUUUUCCUAUUUAAUUUCACAUGAUUGACCUAGUUUAAAAUGUGUCAGUGUCUAUUCUAGGACGGGGUUGGGGUCACUCAUAUUUUAAAGACACUGUGUACUCGCGUACAACUAAAAUUUUUAAUUCAAUUUUAAUAUUUUACUCACAUGUAGUUUUGAGUUUUAAGCUUUUGUUCCAAUACAAGUUUGUUCAUUUACUUUAGAAUUGUUUUCGUUAGUAAUAUGUACAAAUGCGUUCACAAAUGCGUUCACGUAUAUAGAUUUUUCAGUUUUGAUUUUAUAUGAUUAUUGUAUAUUAUUUAAAGCAUAAUAAUGGUUUUAGUGUUUACUUAUACAUUUCUUAAAUCAAAAUAUGAUUAUGUACAAAUUUCGCCAAACAAUACGCUGGUUAGUUAAAAGUUUAUAUAUUUACUUUUAGUGUUUCAGAAAUAAAGUGUUUAUGUUUUCAUGCAGUUUAUAUAUAUAGAUUAAAUUAUAUAUAUUGAACAAUUUUAUAUGUUUAUGAUAUACUUACAACUUUUGUGCUUCUUUUGAUAUGAACCUUAUAUAUUUUAUGUUUUAUAAUUAUCCGUCAUGUUGUUUUCUCGUCUAUGGUAAGUAUCUUCCCUUUUGUCCCUAGUUUUAUAUUUUUAAUUUUGUCCCGCCCUUCCCCGAAUCUCGAGUCGCCUUCCCCGAGCCCUUUUACUUUGUGGGCCUGUGGGCGUGAGGGAUGUUGCACGUAUUCAUUAUUCCUCAUGUACAGACUCAAUCAAACCGAGUCUGCAAUUGUCUUGUAAUUUUGUUGUGAAUAAUGCUCCCGAAGGAUCACUUUGUUUCCAGAUUUCUAUUUAACAAUCAGUUAUUUGUUUUCUUUGAUUUUCUUGUCGGUUACUAUUAUUUCCUUUUAAGUAUCAGUUAUGUGAUUGUCCUGUCCGUGCUUUGUCUUAUGCCCUGCCCUAACCAUUUCAUAACGGGGGCGGGGGUCCUCCUUGUUCGGGGGUUCUUGUUACUGGAUCGUGUGGAGGUGCGUUCAUUGACGCCGCCCUUCCUUAUUGAUCUUGUUUUUCAUAUUUUUAUUUAAUUAUAUUGUUUCCUUCGGGCGUUUUUGCGUUCUUUUGAUUUUCUUUUUUGUAUAUGUUUUGUGUUUUGUUUAUUGUAAGAAGUGUAAUAGGAAUCGGUAUAUAAUGCGUUCGUCAACAAAUUUUAACAUACUGUAGAGAUCAUACAUUUAUGUUAUGCGUUACAAUCAGAGCAGUAAAAAGCUAGGUCAUUGGAUAGACAUUUUGACAUUUUUUUGCGACGCGACAUGUUGUUAUUCUAAUGAUCUCCUGGAACUACUGAGAAAAUGGAAGGUAUUGACUUUAUUAA